AUGAACGGCAAAAUGGAGAAUCGUGUUAUUCCUCAGGAGAACCCAGAAAUCCCUAAGAAGGCUUAUAUAAAAGAUCCGGUUCUUAAUUUCCUUUCGAGGAGGACGAAAGCGAAAUCUUUGACUGGAAGUAGUUCGGAGAGUUCUAGUUUGGAAGUUCAAGAAUGGAAGGAUAGUUGGAAGGAGUACUGGUUAGAGAAAAAGUUCGAAGCAAUCAACUCGUCAGUGCCCCGUGGAGACGUUGUCAAUAUGCUAAGCGCCAGACCCUGGGGUGUCCCUUGCGGCGAUCCAAACCAACACGAUAUGCCAUGGGGCUCGUGCAUGUUACCCAUGGAAUGUGAAUCAGAGUUUAGAAUAUAUAGAGGUGAUGUCUUUUGCGGGAGAACACAGUUUGUUUGUUGUGGUCUGCAAAUAACCACUUAUGACAUGUAUCAGGGCUUCGAUAACUCAUUCGAAGAUUCAAUGCUGGCAACAAGUUCAGAAGAGAAACGAGAAAGAGAAAAGGGAUCCAAGGAAAAUAAACGAAAGAAAAGGAUGAGAGAGAAACGAAGGAGGAGACGCGACAGACAGAGGCGCAAACGUAAAAUAAGGCGGACCAUGGUGAAAAUCCGGAAAGAAAUAAAGAAAAUAUUGAGUAAAAUAUACAGAAAUGGAACUUCAAUGAGGAAGAAGAAAACGAAACAGCUUAAGAAGUUCGUUAAACAUUUAAAGAAACAGUACAAAAAGGAUAGGAACGCCGUUAAGAAGAUCCAUGUGAAUGUUAUCAAGGACAUCGAUGAGCAACUACAGCAGAAGCUGAACCAAUUGAAGGGCAUGAACACCCAGUUUAUGAAGAAUAGCACAUUUAGAGACAUCGUCGUCAACGGGACCAUCACUCCCCAAGUUGCUAGAAUCUUGAUGGAAAAUUACCCAGAGAUAUCGAGUAUGCUACGUGCUAGAAAAUCCAAUUAUGAUUAUGCAGAAUCAAAAGAUCUGAAUUACGAUGUGGAAUACGGAUAUAUCUAUUAUUAAAUUUAAUUUGUACUUUUUUUUCAUUAAACUUAAAGUCCGAAAUACACUCACAAAUUGAGAUACAGGUGAAAAAAACGAUAGGUAUAAAAGUGUAAACGAAUGUAUAACAAUAAAAAGAAAAAAAUUCAAACUAAAAAAGUGAAAAAUAAUAGUUAAGUUAAAAGCGGUUAAAUUUUUCAAAAAACAUUGAAGUCGGGUUGAGGUUUUCUGUAGUUUAUUAAAUGAUAACCACCUGACUUCAACGUCUCAUGAAAAAUUCAUCCGCUUAUAAUAAGUGUUAUUUUUCACACUUAAAGUAUAAAGUCGGUAUAUUUUUUUCAAAAAACAAUUUAUUUCAUUAUUUUUAGGGAUAUAUAUAUAGAUACUUGUAGUUAUCGAGUUGGGUACGGUUUUGAGUUAGGCGAACGACACCCUGAUAACAAGUCCGGAACAAAUCGCCG